AUGGCAGGAUCAGAUGAUAGGAUUUGGAUGUACAACCGCAUAAAUGGUUCAAGGUCAAUCACUUUACAAUUCCAGCAUGGCAUUGAGAGGUUCAUACAGUUUGCUAUAGAACAUAGCACCAACUCAAUGACUGAGUUCCGUUGUCCUUGUAAAAAGUGCAAGUGUGUGAAAUUCCUUAAUGCAGACACAUUGAGGGUGCAUUUGUGUAAGUACGGCUUCAUGCCUGAUUAUUGUUGCUGGUCGAGCCAUGGAGAAACUCCGCCAAAUUCCCCCCCAGUGGUUGACAGACACUCAUAUUAUGGUGGAAGUGGUAAUCGAGAUAACUAUGAACAAUAUGAGCAAUUGGUCAUAGAUGUUGCAGGUCCACAUAUUGGCACGCACCUACAGGGUGACACAGAUGAAAUUCAACAGUUAAUGCAUGAAGAUCCUAAUCCGGAAGCACAACAAUUUUUCAACAUGCUUCAAGCUUCCCAACGUCCAUUGUGGGAUGGUUGUGAGACACACACUACCUUAUCUACUUGUCUAACAGCCCUAAGCUUGAAGACAAAUUAUCAAAUGACUGAGGGGUGCUUCAAUCAAUGGAUGAAGUUUGUUGGAGAUGUCUUGCCAAAAGGGCAUUCGCUGCUAAAAGAUUUUUAUAAUGCAAAAAAAUCGGUGAAGAAUCUCGGUCUUAAAGAAGAGAAGAUACAUUGUUGCCCUACUGGAUGCAUGUUGUUCUAUAAAGAACAUUCUGAACUCAAUACUUGCGAAAUUUGUGGGGAAAAUCAAUAUAAAUAUGUAACAAAAAAUGGAAAGGUGAAAACUUCACCAUUAAAGAAAAUGUGGUACUUUCCCCUGGUACCUAGGCUUCAAAGAUUAUACUCUUCAGUGCAGACAACUUGUCAGAUGAGAUGGCAUCGAGAGCAUGAAAGAAAUACUGAUUCGUUGACACAUCCAUCAGAUGCCGAAGCAUGGUUGCACUUUGAUGAAAAACAUAAUGAUUUUGCUCAGGAACCCCGUAAUGUCCGACUUGGCUUAUGUUCAGAUGGGUUUGCUCCUUUUGAUCAGACAGGGAGGACAUAUUCUUGCUGGCCAGUUAUUAUUACUCCAUAUAAUCUACCACCAUGGAUGUGCAUGCGGAGAGAGUUCUUGUCCUUGUCAUGUAUUAUCCCUGGGCCUUCAAACCCAAAGCGUAACAUUGAUGUGUAUCUGAGACCUCUGAUAGAUGAAUUGAAAAUGCUAUGGACUGAUGGGGUCCUAACAUAUGAUGUUUCAUUGAAGCAGAAUUUCGUGAUGCGGGCUGCUUUGAUGUGGACAAUUAAUGAAUUUCCUGCGUAUGGUAUGUUGUCUGGUUGGCAGACAAUGGGGAAGCUUGCAUGUCCUAUUUGUAUGGAACAAUGUAAAGGGUUCAGGAAAAAUAAGCAUGCGUUCAUAAAUGGCAGGGAAGAAAUAUCAAAUAUACUACAAAGGCUUAGCGGGGAAGAAGAAUGGCUAAGAGUGAGAUACAGGUCGACUGCAGAGGAAGUUCCAGUCUUUGUUGAAGAUCAGGAAUAUGGGCAAUAUCACCAUUGGACAAAGCGAGCUAUAUUUUGGGAAUUGCCUUAUUGGAAAGAUCAAUUAUUGAGACACAAUCUUGAUGUCAUGCAUAUUGAGCGAAAUGUGUUUAUGAAUAUACUGAACACAGUGAUGGACACAAAGGGCAAAACAAAAGAUACCAACAAUUCAAGGAAGGACCUUCAGAUCCACUGCAAGCGACCUCUCCUACAUUUAGUGGUUCAUCCAAAUGGAAAGGUUAGUAAGCCCAAAGCUAAUUACACCUUCAAUAAAGAGCGACGAAUUGAGUUACUACAGUGGGUGAAAGAUCUUAAAUUCCCCGAUGGCUAUGCAUCCAAGAUGUCCCGAUGUGUUAAUAUGAGAGAGGCAAAGUUAUUUGGGAUUAAGAGUCACGAUUGUCAUAUCUUCUUCCAGAGAUUGCUACCAUGGGCAUUCAAAGCAUUACCUAAGCCUAUUUGGAAUGCACUGAUUGAGUUAGGAGUCUAUCUUAAGGACAUAUGUGCAUCUCAAUUGAGUGUGACAAAAUAUCAAGAGAUGGAAUUGAAUGUCCCAAUAAUGAUAUGCAAGUUGGAGAUGUUUUUUCCGCCUAGUUUCUUUGACUCAAUGGAGCAUUUGCCAAUACAUUUG